CCGGGUUGCCGUCAGUGUGCCGCGCAUCGUCGGACGUGUAUCGUGUCGGUCGUGUUGCGCUCAUGAGUGAGCAGUCGAGACAUGUGAUUCGAAGUCCGUCAUAAUCGCGAAAAAGGAUGAAGUAGAAAAUGAUAAGGAGAUAUCUCACAGUCGUAGACGGCCUAAAGUAAGUUAAGAAGAACGUGUGGGUUCUCUUCGGAGCGAGCCAAGAUCGGUCAUUAUACCAUUGGAUCCAUGAUAUCUCUAUCUGGAUAUUCUGUAGAAAUUUUUCCGAAUUGAUAUUUUUUCCGGUAAUCGAAUUCCACGAAUGGAAGGUUUGCGACAUUCGAAAAGAUAUUCCGGAAAUCAAACACGGCCAGACAUUUCCUGCGAAGAACGUCAAAUCGGAAAGAAAUCGUACAAAAACUUUUACGAACGUUCGUGUUUAAAUGUGGAAAACUUACUGUAAAAAAGUGCCUGACAGAAUCGAGUAAAACGAAUCAACAUAAUUUGUGCUUCGUUAUAAGUGAAAUAUAAGAACUUUACAAAGUCAUAGCAAGAUUCGAUAUUAAUCCACGAAGAAGGACACAAUUACCGAGAAAAUUGUAAAAGAUAAUUAAUAUAAGACAAAAGAUCCGAGUGGAGGGUAAUCAGGCUUACGGAAGGGAGGGAUAGUAGUGGCUGUGGUAACUUGAAAGAAUGGCGGAAGACUCUUUUCGCCGAAAAACCAGAUCGGCUUCGAUUUGUGCUCCAGGAUUUUCCAGCAUGGAACAAAUGUUGGAAGCUAUGCCACCCUCGGGAGCUCGUGAGAGAGAAAGAGGAGAACGAGAAAGAGACAGUGGGAGCGGAACGCCGGAUGGCAGUACACCUACGAGGAAACGGAGACCGGCUACAAGAUCCCAGAGCGCCCGUGUUUCCGGCGGAAAUAAAAGCAUCCGACGCCGAGCCGCUGCUCAAGCGGCCGCUCAUCAUCAUCAUCAUCAUGAGGGAGCCAGUAUGAAGUCAGCUCAUUGCAGCAGCGAACCCAAACUGACCGAGAAUGACGUCAGUCCGGGGAUCAGGAGACGAGGGAGUCGAAGGGGACAAAGCAUGCACUAUUCGCAUCAGAGGAAGAGCAACGCCUUCCUGGAUGUGCCUGACGUCUCGUCUCAGAUGCCACCACGGGAGGAAGGCGAGGAUGAGGAUAGUUACAGACUUCGUAGCUUCAGUCUCACCAGCAAAGGUGUUGUCAACAGAGGAGAUUCCUUUAGGAGAAGAAGAUCGAGAUCGAAUUCUUUAGCGCCUGCCGAUCAGCAAAAUGAGGAACGUCGACUGCCUCCCAAGGAAGUAGCUUCGCAUAAUGUUGCUAUGUUAGGUACAAGAGGAGUUGGAAAAACCGCCUUAAUCAGUCAGUUUAUGACCAGCGAGUGUAUAAACGCCUACGAUAGACAGAGAGAUGUGCCAAGUGAGCAAUCCGUUUUCGUGAUGCUGAAUGGUGAAGAAAGCGAGCUUAAAUUCUUAAACAUCAUUAAUCUUAAAAUCGAAUUGGAAAAAAUGCCAUUGCCAGACGCCUUUGUCGUAAUGUAUUCAGUAAUCGACAAGGCGUCCUUUCAAAGGGCUGAAGAAUAUCUCGCUCGACUUCAUGAUCAAGAUCUUCUUCGUGGUAGACCGGCUAUUCUGGUCGGGAACAAGGUCGAUUUGGUUCGUUCCAGAGUGGUUUCGCCCCAGGAUGGGAAAUGCUUGGCAUGUACCUACCGUGCAAAGUUCAUCGAAGUGUCGGUGGGCAUCAAUCACAACGUCGACGAGCUCCUUGUUGGAAUACUCAACCAGAUCCGUUUAAAGGUGGUCCAGAGUAACCAAGAGAAUCGAAACAGCGGUGGUAGCGAAGGUAGUGCUCAUUGGUACAAAUCUAGAGGCGUCGUGCGCGCCAGUAUGAAAGCCAGACAGAUGCUGACCUGGCUUUUCGGCAAAGAAGAUAGCAAAUUUAAGAAUUGCGAGAACCUCCACGUACUUUUUUUUACCAAUGUUGAGAAGACGUAUUAUUGUGAUACAACCAUGGCAUCUGGAAAAUCAACCAUGGCAUCGGCAAAGCCAACUACAUGCAAAGAAGCUAUACGGCGAUGGGAGGAAGAGAAUCAACAAAAUGCAACUGCGGCGACAGAAGUAAUCUUGAGCUUUCAAUGGCCACCAAUAGAAAAGAUGGACAACGCGCUGGCAACUUUGGCAAAUUGUGAAAAACUCUCCCUAUCGACAAAUAUGAUUGAAAAGAUUGCAGGCGUUGGAACUCUGAAAAAUUUGAAGAUCUUGUCAAUAGGUCGUAAUUUAAUCAAAGGAUUCGCUGGUCUUGAACCUUUAGGCGACACUCUCGAAGAACUUUGGAUUUCCUAUAAUUGCAUUGAGAAGAUGAAGGGCAUCCAAGCAAUGAGAAAUCUUCAUGUACUUUACAUGUCUAAUAAUUUGGUGCGAGAAUGGAACGAAUUUGCAAGGCUACAAGAACUUGGAAAUCUUCGAGAUCUAGUUUUUGUCGGUAAUCCGUUGUAUGAAAAUCUAGAGGUAGAGCAAUGGAGACUUGAAGUUGCACGACGUUUAUCAAGUUUGGAGAAACUCGAUGGUGAACCUAUAAUACGUACAGAAGAAAAUUCAAUUCAACUAGUCAAAACUGACAGUCCGUCGCACGAUUUACUUGAUCAAUAA